GCGGCCUAGUAACGGCCGCGUGGUAACCCAGGCGCCUGGCUUGCGGUAGUUCCUACCUCUCCACGCUGGUUGUGUUCCUAGAUACUCGGCAAAAUGAAGAUUGAGGAGGUGAAGAGCACCACGAAGACGCAGCGCAUCGCCUCCCACAGCCACGUGAAGGGUCUGGGGCUGGACGAGAGCGGCCUGGCCAAGCAGGCGGCUUCGGGGCUCGUGGGCCAGGAGAACGCGAGAGAGGCAUGUGGCGUCAUUGUAGAAUUAAUCAAAAGCAAGAAAAUGGCUGGAAGAGCUGUCUUGUUGGCGGGGCCUCCUGGAACUGGGUUGCGGAUAAAGGAGACUAAGGAGGUUUAUGAAGGGGAGGUGACAGAGCUCACUCCCUGUGAGACAGAGAACCCCAUGGGUGGGUACGGCAAAACUAUCAGCCAUGUGAUCAUAGGGCUCAAGACUGCCAAAGGAACCAAACAGCUGAAGCUGGACCCCAGUAUUUUUGAAAGUUUGCAGAAAGAACGAGUAGAGGCUGGAGAUGUGAUUUACAUUGAAGCAAAUAGUGGAGCUGUGAAGNGGCAAGGCAGGUGUGACACCUAUGCCACAGAGUUUGACCUUGAAGCUGAAGAGUACGUCCCUUUGCCAAAGGGAGAUGUGCACAAGAAGAAGGAAAUCAUACAGGAUGUGACCUUGCAUGACCUGGAUGUGGCUAAUGCACGGCCUCAGGGUGGGCAAGAUAUUCUGUCUAUGAUGGGCCAGUUGAUGAAGCCAAAAAAGACAGAGAUCACAGAUAAACUGCGAGGGGAGAUCAACAAAGUGGUGAACAAAUACAUUGACCAGGGCGUGGCCGAGCUGGUCCCUGGAGUGCUCUUUGUCGAUGAGGUCCACAUGCUGGAUAUNGAGUGCUUUACCUACCUGCACCGAGCCCUGGAGUCCUCCAUCGCCCCCAUUGUCAUCUUUGCAUCCAACCGAGGCAACUGUGUCAUCAGGGGNACUGAGGACAUCACUUCUCCACACGGCAUCCCGUUGGACCUGCUGGACAGGGUGAUGAUCAUCAGGACCAUGCUGUAUACACCACAGGAGAUGAAGCAGAUCAUUAAGAUCCGAGCCCAGACGGAAGGCAUCAACAUCAGCGAGGAGGCACUGAACCACCUCGGGGAGAUUGGCACCAAGACCACUCUGAGGUAUUCGGUGCAGCUGCUGACCCCAGCCAACCUGCUGGCAAAGAUCAACGGCAAGGACAGCAUUGAGAAGGAGCACGUGGAAGAGAUCAGUGAGCUCUUCUAUGACGCCAAGUCCUCUGCCAAGAUUUUGGCUGACCAGCAGGACAAGUACAUGAAGUAAUGUUGGGAUGGAGGCGCACCCAGAGACGGACCCCACACCGUGCACAGGGGCUCGCCUCAAGCAUGCUUUGCAGUGUUACAGUUUCUUUGUAAAUUAUCAAACCUCCAUGGUUGUUUGGAAGGAUCCCUUCCCCCACCUAGCUUGUUUUCUAAUAAAACUGAAUAGGUUAUUUUGAUGAUA